CCACGUUCAUAUCCAAAAAAACACGUCUCAGUUCCACUCUCAAAAUGAUGGAGCUCUUUUCCAAGCCAUUAACUUCCACUGACACACGCAAAAGGUUAGCCAUACCCACCAGGAGUCUGACCUCCUUGUUACACAACAGAGGAGGCAACGCCGUUGAGUUGCACGUCCGGCAUGGGACCGCCGUGUGGCCAAUUAUGUGCACAACUCGCAAAAAGGGGUAUAAAAAGCCUGUCCUUUCCCAAGGGUGGAGAUCCUUUGCUGUUAAAAACAAAUUAAACGUGGGUGACAUUGUAACCCUUUUUAAGGAGGAAGAUGAAGCAGGGUAUUUGAACUACAGAAUUGAGGUGUUGAGAGCAAAUGAUCAAUCUCUUAAGCAUUCCGGUGCCAACGUUGGAAAUUCCCCAGCCGGUAACUCCGGAGAAGCAACUUGCAUACCAUAUUGCAAGUAUGAAGACAGCGAAGUCAAGCGAUUUGGUGUUACAGAUGAGAAAGUAGAGAAGUGCUCUUUCAAGCUAUUUGGGGUUCGUGUUGUUGAGACUGGGCCACUGGUGAAGCACUCGAAUGAAUCUAUUGCCGGAGAAGCAGAUAUUGGCCCUAAGGAGGAGAGAGAAUACCACAGGUGUUCUAAAAGGCUCGAUCUAGAUUUGAAUGUGGCGCUAUACCCAUAGUGAAUGGCCUAAGGGAAGUUGACACGUUGGGUCUAAACAUGUUGCCAAUGAGACGCAAAGUUUAUUAAGAUUGAGUUUAGAAUGAUUGUAAUUCUUUUCUCUUUUCUUUUUUUUUUUUUCCCUUUUUGGGAUUUUGGGUCAUAUGAUGGGAGGUCAUCCUAUUUGAUGUCUUAAAAUACUCUACCUAUAUAUUAUGAUAUUUGAAUUCAAAAUCUCUUAAUUUUAUUGAAAGAAAAUUAUUAUUGAAAGAAAAUUAUUAUUGAGUU